UGAGUUUCAGAACUGAUGGUGAAGCAGUUUAUUAGACACGUCAGACCUGCAGAGAGACAUUUUGCCGUCUGUCCACUGUUACGCAGCAGCAAUCCAGCAGAGUCGGCCUGCGAGUGUUCGUCUGCUCCAGCGGCCUGCCUGUCCAGAGGAAAACUGCUCCUCCACUGCUUCCUGCAGGGCCUCAAAGCAGGACUGAGCGAAGGCACAGAUGCACGACAUCAGGUGGCGAUGCAGCUUCUGCAUUCUGAGUGGGAGUACGUGUCCACUUUGAACCAGCUGUAUGAAAGAUACAAGACCCCACCAGCUCACCAGAUGACCGUGGAGCCGUAUCAGACGUACCUGAAGUUUGUGGAGCAGCUGUUACAGAGACAUCUGCUCUUCAGAAACACCCUGCAGGAGCGACUAUCCGCUGAACACUGGAAAUCUCUGGUCGGAGACAUUCUGGUGCAGCUUAUUGGCCAAAAUGACACGACCUUCUCAGAGAUGUACCUUGGAUACACGACCACACUGGCCUCGUUCCUCUCGCUGGAGUUCAACAGACUAAAUCGCCCUGAGAAAAGUCAGAAAAUGCAGAACGGCCAGAUGGAGCGAGAGGAAAUGAAACUGCUGUCCCUGCUGUUGGCACCCGUGUCGCGCAUACACGGCUACCUGAGCCACAUCCAGAACUUGUUGCAGUGGACAGGUAAAGAGCAUCCCGACUGCAGCCUCCUGCUGGGAACUGAGCGAGCGCUGAGGAGCGUUUUGUCCCGCUGUCAUGCGAUCCUGGAGGAAGACGUCCGGUGGGAGGAAGGCGAAGGAUCUGGACAAAGCUGCUCCGGUGCAGCAGCUGGUGGAUCUUCUGCAAACUGCUGCAGGAGGAGCCAGCAGACCAGAGAGUCUCAGCAGGAGGCCAACGCCGCAGCUCAGAGAGACGACCAGCAGGCCGUCAGCCUCACCAACGGAGUCGACGGCGGUCACUCGAUGCGUCUGGAGUGCUGGUCCUGCAGCCCAGUGAGGAGGAAGGUCUGCGGAAGAGACCGGACCACCCAGAACCAGCCGGCCCGUGACUGUGGACACGCCUACUGCUCCCUCCUGACUCCCGACACUGCCGGAUGGGGAGAGAACAGCGACUCGGGCCAGGGCACCUUCAGCCAGCCCACCGGGAAAAGCACCAACGAGUUGGAGGCACCUCACACCAACCACAGCGUUGAGGACGGCGAGACAGACCAAGAUGACACCUCAGCCUUCGACUACUCCUCUGUCACUUCCUGCAGCCCGGACGGCACCCUGCGCAGGGACAUGAUGGGCAGCAACAGUGGGGAGGAUGAAGACGAGGACAGCCAGGUGCCCGUGCUGUUAAAGCCCUCAUACAGCCAGCAGCAGCAGCAGCAGCAGUCGCCCAGAGAGAGGACUGUGUGUCUGAGGUGGCAGAUUCCCAGACUGACCCCUCACCCUCCUCUGAGAAACACCGCAGGGUCGUGCGUGGACGGGCCGACGCCGUGCCUCAUCAGCUCCUACGGGAAGAGGCUGGUCAGCGUCAGGAAAGGGUCGCCUCCUUUGCAUCCAAAAAGUGCCUUCAGGCCCAUCUGGGAUGAUCCAUCCAAACAGGCUGACUCAGCUCCAGAGAAAGACAGCAGACAAGGAUUCAUUCCGAUCCAAGCCCCAGCGAGGCAAAGCUUUCAGAAUUUCAACCCGAGCAGAGAAAACCUGAGACCAGGCCUGUCUCAGCAGCAGCGAGGCAACCACGCGGCAGCCAUGAGCGGUGGAGGACUGUGGGACGACAGUGAGGACAGCGAGGGACCCUGCAGCACAGUUUGAAGCCCCUGCUUCCCCUCCCUAAAGUCAGGAGGCCCAUCAUGAAAACUGUCACACACAAAACCCUGAAAACACAACCUGUCGUGAGCCCAGUUUGUGAUUUCUUUGGGGGAUGUGUUUUCUGACAAGGCCCCGACAGCAAAGCAAAUGCAUGAAUGACUGCCGAUCUGUUUGGCUGUUCGGUCCUUCAGAAUUACACUUUGACAUGUAAUGAUGUUUGGGCUUUGUUUUUUUUUGGUAUUUGUGUAUAUAUGUCAGCAAAAGGAUUACAUGACAAGAAAAUCUUUAAGUUUUUCUUACUCAAAAAAGGCU